AUGCCGACCAAAGGAAAGGGGUUGGUCGCUCGUCGCAAUAUCAGUAAAGGCGAGCGGAUUCUUUCUGAAAAGCCUCUUCUCAUAAGUCCAAACUUGUCGUCCAUGAGCGUAAUGGAAAGUGCCAUUGCAGCAAAACUGAAGACACUCUCACGAACUGAUCAGCGGCAGUUUCUUUCCCUUAACAACAAUUUUCCUGGAAAGUACCCAUUCAGCGGUAUUAUGAGAACCAAUGCUUUCCCUUGUGGAUCGGGUGCUGUCAUUGGUGGCGUGUACCCUACCAUUUGUCUCAUCAACCACAGCUGCCUUCCCAAUGCUCAUAACAACUGGAAUAACGAAUUGCAGUGGGAGACCAUCCAUUCAGUUGACUUUAUCAAAGCUGGGGAGGAAAUUACCAUUACUUAUGACCACGGCGGCCCCUCCAACUCCCGACAGGCUCAGUUGAAAGGGGCAUUUGGAUUCGACUGCAGCUGCCACCAGUGCCUUCUUCCACCUGCCGAACUUCAUGACAGCGACCUUCGCCGUGAGCAGAUUCAGAGUCUGGAUGAUUUGAUCGGCGAGCCAACGAGAAUCAUGGCCACACCGGAUUGCAGCCUGAAAGCAUGCUUUCUCAUGCUCCAACUGCUGGAGGCAGAAUUCAAAGGAAAUGCUGUUACUUUGAUCGGGAGAGUCUACUAUGAUGCCUUUCAGAUCUGCAUUAUUCAUGGCGAUCAGGCUCGGGCUAGCAUAUUCGCGCAAAGAGCCACUAAAUACCGUGUCAUUUGCGAAGGGGAGGACAGCCCAGAGACGAUAAACAUAAAGUCCUUGAUGAAGACUCCGACCCAGCAUGCAAGCUAUGGAGCAUCAACCAAGUGGAGGACUGCGAAAGGACUCGUGCCUAAAGGAUUGGACCCUGACGACUUUGAGAAUUGGUUGUGGAGAGAACAGAACUCGAUGUGA